AUGACUUACUGCGAGAAAGCCCCUUUCACCAAAGUGGUGAUUAUAGGGGCCGGAUUUUCCGGAUUGGCCAUGGCAUGCCAGCUUCAACGCAAGCUUGGGUGCAAGGACUUUGUCAUAUAUGACCGUUCGCCUGCCCCUGGAGGUGCUUGGUGGGCAAAUAAAUAUCCAGGAUGUGCUGUCGACAUCCCAGCUGUAUUCUACAGCCUUUCGUUUGCCCCGAACCCCAACUUCUCUAUGGUUUUUCCUCCGCAAGUCGAGGUCCUGGACUACUUCAACCAAGUGGUCCGGAAGUUUGACGUGGAACGACAUAUUGUUGCGAACAUGGAAUGGGAAGGGGCAUAUUGGCAAGACUCAUCUGGUACUUGGCUUGUCAAGCUAAGAGACCUUAUGACAGGGGAGAUCAAGUAUCAGGAAUGCAGUAUUCUUAUCUCAGCCGUGGGAGGGCUGGUCAAUCCAAACCCGUUCGAUGUUCCAGGAGUCGCUGAAUUUCAAGGGGAUAUUGUUCAUACCGCACGAUGGAAACCGGAUUUGUCACUUUCACAGAAGGAUGUGAUUGUUGUUGGUAAUGGAUGCUCAGCCGCCCAACUCAUUCCGGCCAUCAUCGGACAAGCCAAAAGCAUCUCACAAUUUAUUCGGACACCGCAACACUAUCUGCAAAACGACAAUCUAAAAGUCAACGACACAUGGCGCCUUGUUUUUCGCCAUGUGCCUGGUGCCCUACUGCUUUUCAGAUUCCUCGUCUUUCUCUACUUGGAAAGCACCGCCGUACGAUUCCGCCUGAAUGGUGGCACGAAAUACCGGAACCAGUCAGCCAAGGGAAGCAAAGCGUAUAUUCGAGAGAACGCACCUGAAAAGUAUUGGCCGCUACUCUCCCCGAAGUAUGAAAUCGGAUGCAAACGCCGCGUUUUUGACAACAGCAAAUACAUAAGCUGUCUUCAGCGAGACAAUUUCCGCCUGACAGACGAUCCUAUCACGGAGUUGCAAUCGCAUGCAGUCGUGACAAAGUCAGGUAGGAGAUAUCCUGCAGAUGUAAUCCUCCUCGCUACCGGAUUUUCCUUGACCCAAUACGAUGUAGAGCUCGUUGGUCGGUGUGGUCGUACGAGGUCACAGCACUGGGAAGAGUACGGCUAUAAAGAAGCCUACAAGACAAUUGCAAUGUCACAAUUCCCAAACUUCUUUUAUGUCUUGGGGCCGAACUCUGGCAAGGGUCAUACGUCUACUAUCUAUUCUAUUGAAAACUAUGUCGACCUUAUCUGCCAUGUUAUCAGACCGGUUUUACGCGACCAGGUCUCCUCUGUCGAGGUCAAAGUCGAAAGUGAAAGGCAAUACAACGAAAACUUGCAUGCGGCAAUUGGACAGACCAUUUUUGACAAUUCUUGUUUUAGCAACAGCCCAACGUUGGGCAUGGGGAGCCAUACCAACACACAUGAAAAUGCACUACGCAAUGGCGAUAUCUCUGGACCCAAAAAUUCAGACUGCAUCACGCACAACAACGUCAAUUCAGGAGCCGCCCAUCUGACCGAAGACAUCUCGCGGUCCAACACUUCGAUGCCGACGUCCCUCAUGCAACAAAAACUCGCCUCGCAUCCAGCACGAACACACCAGUUGCUGCUAUCAAACCUCAUAUUUGAGAAAGGCAUACGAAGGCUCCUUGCAAGGAUCGGCGCAGUCUAUAAAGCAAACUAUAUCCUGAACUAUGCUAAAGGCACGCAUGUGGCCCAAAUGGACAGGCCUCAACAUAAGAUUCAUAUUCAAGUCGAGGAAACCUCCUUUUGCAUUUGCCGCACAUCCGGUAAUCACAAUCUUCCGACUUAUGCCGAUCCCGGUUCAUCUUUAAAAUGGGUCUGUGGCACAUCGGGCAUUCAAACAUCUCGCAAGUACGCAAGUGCCAUCGACAAGGCCGCGUUCAGCCCAAAUAUUCAUACUGGGCAUGACCUGGCUACUAAUCGAAAUAUUGGAACCUUUACGGAGAUUCCUAGCAUCCGAUAG